AUGUCGCCAAACGAGCAGAUUGCCAGGCGGCGACUUCAUGCCACUACGCGCCAUCUUGCCGCCACCGGCACCGCCGUCGCCGACUAUCCCACCUCUCACGAACAGAUCACCAACAUUGUUGACACGCACAACUUCAUUGACAACCAGUUCGUCCCCUCCCAAACCUCGCAAUGGAUCGACCUCCAUGAUCCUGCCACCAAUAACCUCGUCACUCGAGUGCCUCAAUCCACCGAUGCCGAACUGAAGGCGGCUGUGGCGUCUGCCGAGAAAGCCUUCCCGCAAUGGCGAGCUACAUCCAUUAUUUCCAAACAGCAAAUCAUCUUCAAGUUGACUCACUUGAUUCGCCAGAAUAUGGAUCGAUUGGCCGCCUCUAUCACACUUGAACAAGGCAAGACAUUCGCAGAUGCCAAAGGCGACGUCCUUCGUGGCUUGCAAGUCUGUGAAACCGCCUGCGGCAUUACCACCCAGCUCACUGGCGAAGUCAUCGAGGUGGCAAAAGACAUGGAAACUCGUUCGUACCGUGAACCGCUGGGCGUAGUAGCAGCCAUCUGCCCGUUCAAUUUUCCGGCCAUGAUUCCGCUCUGGAGCAUUCCUGUAGCGACGGUGACGGGCAACUGCUUGAUCCUCAAGCCCAGCGAGCGAGACCCUGGUGCUGCUAUGAUCCUGGCUGAAUUAUGCAAGGAAGCCGGAUUCCCCGAUGGAGUGGUUAACAUCGUCCAUGGCUCGGCCAAGACUGUUGACUUUAUCAUCGAUGAGCCGGCCAUUAAGGCUAUUUCCUUCGUGGGUUCAAACCGUGCCGGUGAGUAUAUUUAUACUCGAGGUUGCGCACAGGGAAAGCGAGUCCAAGCCAAUCUGGGCGCAAAGAAUCACGCUGCAGUACUUCCGGACUGCAAUAAGAAUCACGCAUUGAACGCCAUCGCCGGUGCCGCCUUCGGCGCUGCGGGACAACGGUGCAUGGCACUUAGCACACUCGUGAUGGUGGGCGAGACGAAAGACUGGUUGCCAGAACUUGCCGAGCGUGCGAAGGAGCUAACCAUCAAUGGCGGAUUCGAACCCGAUGCCGAUCUCGGUCCCUUGAUCAGCCCACAGAGCAAGAAACGCGUCGAAGAUUUGAUCCAGAGCGCCCAAGAUGAAGGCGCAACCAUCUUGCUUGAUGGACGGGGUAAACACCCACCUAAAUAUCCCAACGGCAACUGGGUCGGUCCAACCAUUAUCACCAAUGUCAAGCCGCAUAUGAAAUGUUACACAGAAGAAAUAUUCGGCCCUGUCCUCGUCUGUUUGAACGUUGCCACGACUGAGGAAGCCAUUGACCUGAUCAAUUCCAACCCCUAUGGCAACGGCGCCGCCGUGUUCACGCGCUCCGGUCCCACCGCCUCCCUCUUUCAAAAAGAACUUGAGGCAGGACAAAUUGGAAUCAACGUUCCUAUUCCCGUGCCGCUCCCGAUGUUCAGCUUCACCGGUAACAAAAAGAGCGUGGCAGGGACAGGCCUCGCGAACUUCUACGGCAAGGAUGGCAUCAGGUUCUACACCCAGUGGAAAACGGUGACAAGUUUGUGGAGGGCCGAGGAUGCCUUGGCUACCGAGAAGCAGGUUUCUAUGCCGACGCAUUCGUAG